GCCUCCCUUCCCCUCCCCCGUCGGCUGCCACCCUCAGCCCUUGCCCAUGCAGACGCCCCCACCAUGUUCUAUGGGACGCACUUCAUCAUGUCUCCACCCAGCAAAAGCAGGCUGAAGCGGCAGAGCCAGCUCCUGUCUAGCAUGCUGUCGCGGACGCUGAGCUACAAGUCUCGGGACCUGGAGCCUGCCUUCUGCAGCCCGGGUGCCAGUGACGACCCCGCUGAGCUGUCCACCCAGCUGUCAGCCCCUGGUGUCCUAAAAGUGUUUGGGGACAGCGUCUGCACAGGUGCCCACUACAAGAGUGUCUUGGCUACUGCUGCCUCCAGCGCCCAAGAGCUGGUGAAGGCGGCUCUGGAGCGCUACGCCCUGAGCCCGGAGUGCGCUGGCCAGUAUGUGCUCUGCGACGCCGUGGGGCGGGCAGGUAGCGCCGGGCAGCGGUGGCAGGCUGAGUGCUUCCGGGUGUUUGGGGACAACGAGAAGCCCCUCCUGAUCCAGGAGCUCUGGAAACCCCGAGAAGGCCUGUCCCGGAGGUUUGAGCUUCGGAAGAGGUCAGACGUGGAAGAGCUGGCUGCCAGGGACGUGGACACCGUCACGGCAGGGAUCAACGCGCAGGCGCGACGGCUUCAGCGGACCCGGGCCAAGGGCACGGCCACAGGUGCCCGGCGGCCCUCGCCACCCGGCCUGCGCCGCAGCCUCAGUGAAACCAGCCUGAGCACAGCCCCAUCCACAGACGCGGGCAGGACUCACUACGCCACCCUGCCCGCCUCCCGGGGGCCUGACAAGCCACCCCGGGACGCAGGGGGCUCAGCUGAUGAGGGAGCCAUGCGGCCCCCACUUCACCAGUCACCACAUCUGCUCCUCCUGCAAGGCUACAGCCAGCAACACGACAGCCUGGUGUACAUGCUCAACCGGGACCUGCACACGGUGGGCCAGCGCACGCCUGCCAGCCGGCCCAGCAUCAGCCUGGCAGCCCCCGACAUCCUCCCCCUGCACUGUACCAUCCGGCACCGCCAUGGCCGGGCAGCUGGCGACACCUUGGUGCUAGAGCCCAUUGCGGGCGCGCCCGUGGCCGUGAACUUUGUAGAGGCAGGCGGCCACCCGGUGGAGCUGCACCACGGGGACCUGCUCUCCCUGGGCCUUUACUACCUGCUGCUCUUCAAGGACCCACGGCCCGCUCAGCCGCUGCCCCCCCAGGCCCUGGCCCGCCUUGGGGCUGCGCCUCGGAGCUGCCGCCUCUGCGGGGCCCUGCUUGGGGCCCCGGGUGCCACCCACCCCCCAAAGCCAGGUCCUGAGCCUGCCCUGCGGCGGCAGCUGCAGCUGGCCUUCGAGCCCUCGCAGGAGGAAGCACUGCUGCGGCGGAUCCUGACGCUGGUGGACCCCGCAGGGGAUGACCACAAGCUGGCACCCGCCUUCCUGCUCUGCCUGUGUGUCCAGCAUGCCGCCGCCUGCUUCGGGCCUGAUGCCUUCGGCCAGUUCCUGCUGAAGAUGACUGGGGCCAUCCGGGACACGGUCUGGGAGAGAACCAGAGACCUCGCUGAGAAGCAGGCGCAGCUCCAGGAGCCAGCCUCUGGGCCAAGUGUGACCAUGGCCGAGCUGGCCCCCGACCUGCAGCACGUGCUCUUCUGGAUGGCCAACGCCGUGGAGCUGCUCUACUUCCUGCAGCAGAAGUGCCCGCUCUACGUGCAGGCCAUGGAGGCCCCACCGGGCAGCACAGCAGGCUCCAGGGAGUCCCUGCUCUCGUGCGCGCUGACGGCCAGCGAGGAGGCCAUGGCGGUGCUGGAGGAGGUGACCCUGUAUGCCUUCCAGCAGUGUGUGUACUACAUUUCCAAGUGCCUGUACACGUGCCUCCCGGCCCUGCUGGAGUGCCCCCCGUUUCCGGUGGAACGCCGAGAGAGCUGGAGCCCCGGGCCUCGCCUCCCCGAGGAGCUGCACCGUGUGGUGUCCGUCUACCAGGACACCCUGGAUCUCCUGAGGCAGCUGCAGGUGCACCCUGAGAUCGCCGCCCAGAUGCUGGCCUACCUGUUCUUCUUCUCCAGCACGCUGCUGCUCAACCAGCUUCUGGACAGGGGUCCCUCGCUGAGCUGCUUCCACUGGCCCAAGGGUGUGCAGGCCUUUGCACGUCUGCAGCAGCUCCUGGAGUGGGCGAGGGGUGCCGGCCUCGGGGCUGCGGGCGAGCAGUUCUUCCGGAAGCUGUCCUGCACCCUCAACCUACUGGCCACUCCCAGUGCCCAGCUCGUCCAGAUGACUUGGGCCACACUGCGGGCCACCUUCCCUGCCCUCCGCCCUGCCCAGCUCCACCGGCUGCUGACCCAGUAUCAGCUGGCCUCUGCCAUGGGCCCCACCAGUGCCUGGGAGCCGGGUGCCCCCGAUGGCCCUGACGCCUGCAAGUCUGAGGACGUCCUGGAGUCGUACGAGAGCCCUCCGCCCAUCAUGCUUCCCAGCGCCGGCUUCCAGGUGGACCUGGAGGUGGAGCGGCUGCACGACCGUGUCUACCAGCACCUCCUCUACCUCCGCCACUUCCUGUGGGGCCUGCAGAGUGGAGCUGGCCCCGGUGGUGGGCCCCCAUCCCCUGAGAGUCUGGAGGGCUCCUCUGAGGGCCAGCACAGCCCCCUGGACUCUCAGCCUCCUGGCAGAAGUAGGGGCACCCUGAGCAGGCAGCCCAGCCACGGGCCCCACCCACCCUCAGACCCCUCAUGCCUCCUGACGCCGCCCAGCACCCCGCUUGGACUGGAGCCCCCCACCCAGGACUGGCCUGAACCCAACAGGAAGGCCCCCCCUGAGGUGAAGGGAAGCAGCCCCCAGGAUGCAGCCACGGAAGGGGUCCCGUCGUCGUCCAGCAGCAGCUCCCUCCCUGAGGACGCCCCCUGCUCGCUGGUGGUUGUGGAGCUGGAGCGGGGCCCCUCUGGGCUGGGCAUGGGCCUGGUGGACGGCCUGCACACGCCCCUGGGUGCCCCUGGCCUCUACAUCCAGACGCUGCUGCCUGGAAGCCCCGCAGCGCUGGACGGGCGCCUUUCUCUGGGGGACCGUCUCCUGGAUGUGGAUGGCACCAGCCUGGUGGGCAUCGGCUACCUAAGAGCUGUGGACCUGAUCCGGCACGGGGGAAGGAAGACGCGGUUUCUGGUUGCCAAGUCUGACGCCGAGACGGCCAGGAAGGUGCGAUUCCACGCGCCUCCGACCUAGCAGGCGGCAGAGCAGGCCCCACAUCCCGAGUGUACAAAAUCAGACAGCCUUUCCGUUGCCGGGCUUUAUGGAGCGAGCACACAGCUAAUAAAGGAGUCUUUCUGA